AUGGCAAAAGCAAAAGAGGUGAAACCCAAAAGUGUUAAAGGAGAAGAGGCUGAAAAACUGAUCCAUGACUAUUUACGCAGAACAAAUCGUCCCUUCUCAGCUACCGAUAUUAGUGCAAAUUUGAAAAACGCUGUUACUAAACAGGUAGCGCAAAAGAUUUUAGAGCAAUUGCGCGACAAUGGCCAAAUACACGGAAAAUCAUAUGGAAAACAAAGCGUUUACGUAUCCCUUCAAGAUUGCCUUGGAGAGGCAUCUUCUGACCAACUAAUGGAUUUGGAUCGCCAAAUCCAAAUUUUAAAAGAGGAUCUUGAAGGCGUAAAGGCGGACUACAAAAUGAAGUCAACAGAAUUUCAAAUUUUAAACAAUUCUCCUAGUCCUGCUGAAAUACAUAAAAAAAUUCUUACUUUGGAUAAAGAUAUUGAAGAAACGAGUACAAAGUUGGAGUGUCUGCAAUCUGGUUCCAUUAAAAAUGUUACGGAGGAGGAGAUGAAAGAUACAUUAUCAAAUCAUGACUUUGUUAAAAAAGGUUACUUGGAACGAAGAAAAAUGUUUUUCAAUUUAUGGAACCUCAUUACAGAUUGUCUUGAAAACCCCAAGGAAUUAUGGGAAAAGUUGGGGUUUGAAAAAGAUGAGAUUACUGAGGUUAAAUAA